AUGGCUUACUGCUCACCGCCCAGCCGGUGCCGCCCCUUCUACUGGGAGUCCAGGCGCUAUGGGCAUCCCCGUAUGAGGCAGAUCAAGAUCAAGACCGGCGUGGUGAAGCGAUUAGUCAAAGAAAAAAUGAUGUAUGAAAAAGAAGCAAAACAACAAGAAGAAAAGAUUGAAAAAAUGAAAGCUGAAGAUGGUGAAAAUUAUGCCAUUAAAAAGCAGAUAUUAGAAAGUGAAAAAGACUUGGAAGAAACUGAGGAGUAUAACGAAGCGUGUGUAGUUUUGGACUCAGUGAAAUUAGAGGCCUGA